AUCAUCGUGUCAUCGUUUUCAUUACUAUCAAUUAUGCAUGCAUGUGCAUUGAAAAGAUUGAUUAAUAUUGUCCUUGAUACGGUUCUGGAUCUAUUUAAAAAUGUACAGAUUAUCAUCGGAAAAAUAUUUCAUGACUCUGCUUUAGUGUUAUCAGCUCAUUAAUAUUUAUAUUCGUUAGAAUUCGACUUAUUGGAAAUGGACAAAUUGUAUUCGUACCUCCUAACAGACAUCUAACGAUAAGUCGUGUGUUUUACCAGCGGAAAGUUUUCCUCUGGUGAUUGUCUCUACAAGUUCAUAAGCACAAGAGGAAUUAUCUCCGCGCCGAGGGAAGCUGACUGCGGGAGUAUAGUCGAGAUCAUUAUCGGAUUCAUUCUGACAGUCCCAUAUCGUGAAACGCAAAACGUGUCAAAAAGACGCUUGGACGCCAUGAUGGACGGCAUAUGUGAUACUGCCGAUAUUUUAAGUAACGUUCCCCCUAAAAAGACAAUUCAUGCAGACAAUGUCGACCUCUCCGAUAAAUCACUCCAGGUAGACAUUUCGGAUGCUCUUAGUGAAAAGGAUAAAGUGAAGUUUACUGUGCACACAGAGACUACUUUGCCGUACUUUCAAAAACGAGAUAAUUUAGUUGUAAGGCAACACGAAGAGUUUGUAUGGUUACACGAUCGAUUUGAAGAGAACGAAGAUUAUGCUGGCUAUAUCAUACCACCUUGUCCGCCGAGACCAGAUUUUGAUGCAUCUCGAGAAAAGUUACAAAAGCUCGGAGAAGGUGAGGGUAAUAUGACUCGGGAAGAAUUUAACAAAAUGAAGCAGGAACUAGAAGCCGAGUAUUUAGCUACAUUUAAGAAAACUGUUGCCAUGCACGAAAUGUUUUUAACUAGACUAGCAAAUCACCCAGUUUUUCGAAACGAUCAUAAUUUAAGAGUGUUUUUAGAAUAUGAUCAAGAUCUUUGUGUGAGAGGAAAGAACAAAAUGGAAAUGUUUGGGGGUUUAGUAAAAUCUUUCUCGACUACAACGGAUGAAUAUUAUUUAUCAGCGACUGUAAAAGAUGUAAAUGACUUUUUUGAUCAGGAAAUGACAUUUUUACAAACUUACCACCAGAAUUUAAAAGAAGCAACAACUCGUGCAGACCGCCAAACAUCAAAACACAAAGAUAUGGCAGAUUCUUAUAUAAAGAUAUCUACAAAUCUUUUACAAUUAGCUACAACCGAUAAUGGUAAACUGGAGAGAUUUCUAACAAAAAUUGCGGAGACAUUUGAGAAGCUAAGAAAAGUUGAGGGCAGAGUAGCAUCUGAUGAGGACUUAAAAUUGUCAGACACUCUUCGGUACUACAUGAGGGAUACGGCUGCAGCCAAACGGUUGCUUUUUAGAAGAUUGAAAGCUUUACAUGCAUAUGAAUCUGCAAAUCGUGCUCUUGAAAAAGCUCGUGCCAAAAAUAAAGAUGUCCAUGCUGCAGUGGAGGUUGCUGAGGCAGAAAAAGCUCAAACGGAAGCGUGCGAAAAGUUUGAACAGAUGUCAGAGAAAGGAAAAGAAGAAUUAACGGAUUUCAAAACGAGGAGGGUAGCUGCUUUUAGAAAGAAUUUAAUCGAAUUAACAGAAUUAGAAAUAAAACAUGCAAAAGCACACUCGGAAUUGCUCAAAAAAUGUUUAUCGGUUUUACGGGAACAGUGAUCCAGAUUGAUAAUUCUUGUGGUAAAGAUUACCAUGUAAUCUAUAUGAAGAUAACAGUUUAUUUAAAAACCAUAGUAAACCAAUGGUACUGUAAAAUAUAUAUUUUUUGUUAUCUAGAUUUACAUUACUGCGAUAAAGAUAUCGUACUAUUGAUUGCAAAAGGACUCCAUAUGAAAUUCAUUGCAUAAUGUUAUUUACUAUUUUUAAACUGUAAAAAUUUAUGUAAAUGUUACAAUCGUUUAUGCUUGAGAAGCAGUUAUCUUUUUUAUAGAAAUUUUUCAAUGAAAUAUUUGAUUUAAGAUGUCGUACUAAGUGCAGGUUUUAUUGAGUUCUUUUGUAGAUUUAAGUUAACGAUCUGUUAUAAGAGGUAUAAGAUUCUUUACAUUACAUAUGUAUGUAUAUCUACCAUGUAUAUGUACAAGGUGUUUUUUAAUGUGUGUUAUAUUCAGGAAAUAAGAGAUUCAUGAUAUAGAAAUAAGGUUUAAAAGUACGCAUAUAUUUUUGAAAAAAGGGAAGGAAGAGAGAUGGUUUGAAGAACUCGAAAGUUUUAUAAGACUAAAUCUUAGGGAUAAAGGAAAUAGCCGAUAGAGACGUAAAUGCUCACGUAAUGGUAAAGCGAUAAUAAUUCAAAACAUUUUGUAAUAAUAACAGCCACAUGAAAACAUCAAGGAUUAGGUUUAUUUUUAAAGGAUCUUUUAUUUCCAAAAUUUAUCACAUUUUAUGAAACGUCCUGUAUAUUAGUACUCUAUGUAUACGUGCACGUAUACGUACGAGUAAGUUACCUACAAGGGAACAUUUACAUCACUUCGUUGCUUUCGAAGGUUAAAGGGCAAAAUUGUAAGCAUGUAUAAUUGAUUUGGAAGGCGAGAUGUAUAAUGAUAGAGAAAGUAUUAUUAUAAAAUAAUUUUCUUUUUUCCAAAUUUCUCAGGUUAACUAAAGAUUUAACGUAAAUUAGUACAUACGAACUUUUAAGAUUUUUAUAGAUAGAUUAGCAUGUUGUAUACUGUUAAAUCGAUUUACAAUAUUUUGUUUGUUCAAUAAAUUAUAGUUGUAUAAAGGUAAUGAUGAGUAAAGGGACUUUGGAACAUGUUACUUAUCUCCUAAUUAUGCGGAAAGAGUUUUAUGCCUGGAAAGAGUAAUCUCAGCCGAAUGAAUUACUUACUGUUCAUUAUAGAAGAACGCGGGCAAUAUUCCAAUUUAUUAUUUGUGUAAUCAGUUACGAAUUUCAACUGUUAUCUUAUUUUAAUAGCAAUAUAUCUUAUAUUUUAAGAAAUAUUUCAAACAAACGGUAUACAUUGUUGGUUAUUUUUAAACCUAUUUAUCUUAACUUUCAUGUCACGUUUUCGUAUGUAUAUAAAACAUACUUCCAUAAAUAUUCUACAUUUUUCCAAAUAGUUUCCGGAAAACAUUUGUCCUACUUAUCACGUUGUUCCAUUUUUAUAGAAAGCUAUAAAUUUUUCAUAUUAUUAUAAUAAUAAGGAAUGAUUGUACUGAUAUGGUAUGGAUGGAUUGUAAUGAAAUUGUCCCAUUUGUUACAUUUUCGCCAUUGCGUGAUCCGUGACAUCUCGUUGAUAUCGGUGACGAUAUUUUGCACCACGCUUCAUUCAAAUUCUUUACUUCUUAUGCAAUAUUUGUUAUCUUUGAACAUUUUAAGUUUUCAAAGAAACAUUAAUGUUCAUUAAAUGACAAACGCAAUACACAAAUAAUUACAAAUACUUGAUAAUUUUCUCUUUUUAUCUAUCUUAUAUUGCUUUAUGGAAAAUCAGUGCAAAUUUACAUUCUGUAUUGUAUAUACAUAGAGAAAUAAAGUAUAUAUUGUACCUGUA